AUGGCGAGCCUACAUCCACCCGCGGCUUCGUCGUAUGAAAGCGCAAUGUCACAAAUUACGCUCAGAAACCAGCGAAAGUCACCAUUCGUUCGCCUCCCCGCCGAGAUCCGCAACAGAAUCUACGCCUACGCCAGCCUCGCCGCCAUCAUCAAGAUCACAAGAGCCCCAAAACUGAAUCAGCAUCUCGAGUCUCCGCUUCUCCGCCUGCCCGCUGAGCUGCGCAACAAGAUCUACGCUUACAUCGGUCUCUCUACUAUCAUCAAAGCCAUUCAAUCGGAAGAGUCUCUCAGGUUCAGGUUCCAGCUUCCAGAACAACUUGAGGCCUGCAAACAAAUCCGACACGAAGCUACCUCACUACUAUGCAGAUCAGCGCUCUUCGAUUUUAUCUACACCUACGUUGGUCUGGCGACUAUUAUCCGGCCCUACAGAUUGGAAACUACAAACACCGCCAACACCGCCCCCAUCAAGUACACCCUCGAACUCCCAGGCCUCCUCUCAGCCUCGGCGCAAAUCCGACAGGAAGCCACCCCACUUCUAUACAAGCACGCUCUCUUCGAUUUCGACGUGUUUGACUUGUGCUCGUGGCCACCAAUUAGCACCUGCAACCACGAGAUCAGCGAUUUUAUCACCUCGAUUAAGAUUUCGAGGUGUCUUGCGAUCGAGAUUACACUCGAGAUUGUAAAUGCUAGAGACCUCGGAGAGCUCAAGUUUUCGAACUACCGGCUUCCGAAUCUGAAGAAGGUGUAUGUUGGGCCUUGCGAAACGAGGCGGCCGUGGGAAGAUAGUGUGAGGAUGGCGCUGAAGGUUUGGUGUGGGAAGGGGGAUUUGGAGGUUAGUUUUGGGGUGGAAAGUUUGUGA